GUAAAUUAUUGAGUAGCUGAUGAACAUGCAUCACGUGGAGAUCGGCACUUCCUUCUUCCGUUCAGAAGCGAGGAGAAAAGGAGUUCACUGCAAAAUGGAGAGCCAUGACACCAAGGAGCCAGAGCAGCUGAGGAAACUGUUCAUUGGGGGUCUGAGUUUUGAAACCACAGACGAGAGCUUGAGGGCACAUUUCGAACAAUGGGGGAAGCUCACAGAUUGUGUGGUCAUGCGAGAUCCAGCAAACAAGCGCUCGCGAGGAUUUGGAUUCGUGACGUACUCCUGUGUGCAGGAGGUAGAUGCAGCCAUGUCAGCCCGCCCACACAAAGUUGAUGGCCGUGUUGUUGAGCCAAAAAGAGCUGUUUCCAGAGAAGAUUCCUCAAAACCUGGUGCUCAUUUAACAGUAAAGAAAAUAUUUGUUGGAGGGAUAAAAGAGGAUACAGAAGAGUACCAUCUGAGAGAGUACUUCGAAAAAUAUGGAAAAAUUGAAAGCAUUGAAGUAAUGGAGGAACGCCAGACUGGAAAGAAAAGGGGUUUUUGCUUUGUAACGUUUGAUGACCAUGACACAGUUGAUAAAAUUGUGGCCCAAAAAUAUCACACAAUCAAUUCACAUAACUGUGAAGUCCGAAAAGCACUAUCAAAACAAGAAAUGCAGGCUGCUGCAAACCAGAGAAGUCGUGGUGGCGGCGGCUCUGGGAACUUCAUGGGUAGAGGUGGAAACUUCGGAGGAGGCAAUUUUGGCCGUGGUGGCAACUUUUCUGGAGGAUAUGGAGGGGGCAGAGGAGGGUAUGGAGGUGAUGGAGGUGGCUACAAUGGAUUUGGUGGAGAUGGGGGAAACUAUGGAGGUGGCCCUGGGUAUGGUGGAGGGCGAGGUGGCUACGGGGGAGGUGGACCAGGAUAUGGUAACCAAGGAGGAGGUUUUGGAGGAUAUGAUAAUUACAAUGAUGGAGGCAACUUUGGAGGAAACUUUGGUGGUGGUGGUGGAAACUACAAUGACUUUGGAAGUUAUGGUGGACACAACUCUAACUAUGGGCCUAUGAAAGGCAGCAAUUUUGGUGGCCGGAAUUCAGGUGGUCCCUAUGGUGGUGGCUAUGGUUCAGGAGGAGGAAGUGGAGGUGGAUACAGUACACGGAGAUAUUAAAUUUUAGUAGAUAUGAGCUUUAAAUGGGUUAAAUAGAAACAAGUAAGAAGAACUUGACCGUGUGGUGCGCUGCAAGGUAUCAUUGUUAAAACAACAUUGUUAUGAUUGAUUUGCUUUACUAUCAAGUAAUUUUUUAAAACGUUUUAGUGUUAACUCUGAACUAGAAUAUUAGUAAAUGGGGUGCAAAAGGUCAGAUUUUUAUGUUUUAUGCAGCUCUAUAUUUUAAAUCAUGUAUGAAGAGCAAGAUCUCUAGAUUGUUAAAAGAUUUUGAGAAGUGACCAACAGAUGUAAUAAAGUUGUCUAGUAAAUUGUCUGAUGAAGUAUAGUGCAUCAUUGGUUCAGAAUACAAAGUUGAUGUGUGUAUUGUCAUGCUGUUUCAUAUCCAUUUUGUCAAGUGUAGUUCUUUUAAAUGCCUACAGCAAAGUUUUUUGUUUUCUUUGUAUCACGAUGAAGUGAAGCUACUGCUAGUUCUAGAGUGGUGCUAAAAACCCAGCAAGUGACAGACUAUAACAUGCAGAAUAAAACCACUUCAGACUGCAGUUGGGCUUCAUUAGACAAUUGGAUGAAAACACGUGACUUAAGACAGGACUUCUUCUGCCUGAGCAAUGUGGACCAGUCAGCCUAAAAUUACACAAAGACGAGGCAGCACCAACAGCUACAUCUUCGAGGAAAGCAUGCCCUAACUGUGCUGAUAGUGAGCGACUUUCUGGAGGCUAGCUAUAUCUUCCAAGAGCAGCUGACGAUAUGGAAGAAAGUCUAGGAAGAGUUCCACGGCAUUUGGAGUCACCUUGAGUCGUAGCUACUUCAGUUGACAGAGAAAAUGCACGCUAGGUCUAGCUGUCAGACCUGAAAGGAAGGGGAGUGAGUAUAAGGUUUGCUUUCUCAAUAAGUAUUUUGAAAUAAAGAAGAUGGAGCCAUAACUUAGGAAAAGGUAAGAGUAACCACUUUGCUUGAUUUACAGAUGGAAUAUGAAGCUGUCUGCUUUACGAAUGAAAAUCUUUUAUGACACGUAAACAUCGAAGGUUCUGGAUGGGUAAGGCGAAGGAUUUUUUUAUAUUUAAGGUAUAUAAGGUAUACAAAAAUGGGCGGCACUGUGGUUAGCAUUUCUGCCUCGCAGCGCUGGGGCCCUGGGUUCAAUUCCUGGGGAGCUAUCUGUGUGGAGAUUGUAUGUUCUCUUUGUGUUUGCUUGGGUUUCUUCCAAGUACUCCAAUCUCCGUCUUCGUCCAACAACAUAUUGGUAGUUCAAUUGGCGUCUCGGAAAAUUGGCCCGAUAUGAGUGUGUUCAUGUUUGUGUGUACCCUGCGAUGGACUGGUGUCCCUUUCAGGGUAUAUGCUGCCUUGAGCCCAAAGCUUGCUGGGACAGGCUCCAGCUUCCCCGUGACCCUGAAUUGGAUAAAUCAGCUGAAUUAUAUUUUAAAACAUAACCUACAAAUAGCUAAGGUGAAAUAUUAUCAGAAGUUUCUUGUCCGAAUUACGCUACGUGGCUCUUUUGCCACUGUUUGCAUGUCUUCUAAAAUGUAUGUUUACAUUUAUGAACAUGAGCAAAACACUGAAUCUCAUACUUUUGUUGAAACUACCUGAUGUCUAACAUCCAAAAAAACAAUUAAGUAGAAGACCUUGGGAGUGCAUUUACCAUAUUUUGAACAUAUCCUGUGCUACUAGUGAAAUUAACUUUUGAACCCUAUACAGUUUGAUAAAAAAAAACUUUAAAUGGUUUGAUGUCAAAUUCUGCACUUGGUCAGACCUUUGAAAUCAAAGGUAACAGUUUGCAAAUGUCAAAUAUAACUGCAUUAAUUUACUGCAAGCACCACACUCAAAUUGUGUACUGUUCAGUUACUGAUGCACCAUUGUAAAAGAUUCAAUACCAGAAGGGUUUGUUAAGAGAUUUGGGAUUGAAAAUUCCUUCUUCUAUGAAUGAAAAUCUUUCUUCAAUGUAUUUUGCUUUCACAUUUAAAUAUAUAUAACUCAUGAGUAUUCAACAAAAUAAACAGUAACCAUUUUAGCAGUCUAGCGUUUUGCAGACAGAGCAUAAAGCUUUAGAUUCUGCACAGUGUAUGAAUUAAGUAGUUCCUUGUCUUCGGCAAUAGUGGGUAGUGACCCAAAUAACAUUACUUGUUAAUUUAUAAUGCUGCAUUUUUAACAACUUGAGCACCCUUACAAAUCUGUACGAAUUCUCUGCAUUAUUAAAUGGUUUUGAUAGCUAUAGAAUUUGAAUGAAACUGGAUUGCCUGAAACCUUAACAGACUGAAUGAGAGACCAUCAGUAUUCGUUGAUGGCAUAAUACUGGUGGUAGUAAAGCUGUUCAUUAAAUAUAACAUUAUAGAUGUAGCUUCGUUCUGUUUUUCAUUGACAGAUUUUCAUGAGGUUCUGUUCUAUAUCCCAGAAGAUUUUACUUCUCAUUACAGUACUCGUUUGUUCCUAGUGCAUUAAGCAAAUUUAGUGUGACCAUAUUGUUGGAAUUGAGGAAAUGAACACAUGUUAGAAAACACCUUUUUUUUAUAGGAGUAGUUCUGCACCAAAUUAAAAUGAAACCCUUCCUGGAAUACAUCUUUGAGCUAUACAUAGAAUUAACACUCUCUACUUUAUUCUGUUAAAUAAAGAUAUUUUUUCUAAAA